UGAUUCCCCCCCCCCCCUCAUUUGGCCUUUCUUUGGGACCCAGAGAGCUUUUUCGGGCUUGGGGGCUCUUUUCCAAAAAAAUCAAUUCUGUUCAUGGGAAGAUGAUGGACUGAACAUCUCGGCACUAUGGAGACGCCCGCCUUGCUGAGCAUCUUGUGCUGCUGGGUCUUCUGCCUCCGAGCAGUUUCGGGGUUCGGGGUGGAUCCCUCCUUGCAGAUCGAUGUGUUGACGGAAUUACAGGUUGGGGAGUCCACGCCGGGGGUCCGCCAGGUCUCGGGGCUGCACAAUGGGAGCAAAGCGUUUCUCUUCCAAGAUACUGCCCGGAGUAUAAAAGCAUCCCCUGCUACAGCUGAACAAUUUUUUCAGAAGCUAAGAAAUAAACAUGAAUUCACUGUGCUGGUGACCCUAAAACAAGCUCAUUUAAAUUCAGGUGUUAUUCUUUCCAUUCAUCAUUUAGAUCACAGCAGAUACCUGGAACUAGAAAGCAGUGGUCAUCGAAAUGAAGUCAGGUUGCACUAUCGCUCAUCUGGAAGUCACCGACCUCACACAGAAGUGUUUCCUUAUAUUUUGGCAGAUGAUAUGUGGCACAGACUGUCCUUAGCCAUUAGUGCCUCACACUUGAUUUUACACGUUGACUGCAAUAAAAUUUAUGAAAGAAUUGUGGAAAAGCCCUCUAUGGAUUUGCCUGUAGGAUCAACUUUCUGGCUGGGCCAAAGGAAUAAUGCACAUGGCUAUUUUAAGGGUGUAAUGCAAGAUGUGCAAUUACUUGUCAUGCCCCAAGGAUAUAUUUCUCAAUGCCCGGAUCUUAAUCGCACAUGUCCAACUUGCAAUGACUUCCAUGGACUCGUGCAGAAAAUCAUGGAGCUGCAAGACAUUUUAGCCAAAACGUCCGCUAAGCUGUCCCGAGCGGAGCAACGGAUGAACGGGCUGGAUCAGUGCUAUUGUGAAAGGACCUGCAGCAUGAAGGGAACCACCUACCGCGAAUUUGAAUCCUGGGCAGACGGCUGCAAGAACUGCACGUGCAUGAAUGGCACUGUUCAGUGUGAAGCCCUGACAUGCCCUCUCCCUGACUGUCCACUCAACUUUGCCCCUGCUUAUGUGGAUGGCAAGUGCUGUAAGGAAUGUCAAUCUGUAUGUCAAUUCCAAGAAAGAACCUACUUUGAAGGAGAGAGAAAAGCUAUAUAUUCAACCAGUGGAAAUUGCGUUCUCUAUGAGUGCCAGGACCAAAAAAUGGGUGUGAUGCGAUCAGGAUGUCCAACCUUGAGCUGUCCGGAAUCCCUUCAGAUUUCCCUGUCUCACAGCUGUUGCAAAGUUUGUAAAGGUCAUGACUUUUGUUCCGAAGGACAUAAAUGCAUGGAGAAUUCUGUCUGCCAAAAUCUGAAUGACAGAGCCGUCUGCAGCUGUCGAGAUGGCUUCAGAGCUCUUCGAGAGGACAACGCCUACUGUGAAGACAUCGACGAAUGCGCAGAAGGUCGUCACUACUGCCGAGAGAACGCCAUGUGUGUGAACACUCCAGGAUCUUUCAUGUGCAUCUGUAAAACAGGAUACAUUCGAAUCGAUGAUUAUUCAUGUACAGAGCAUGAUGAAUGUGUCACAAAUCAGCACAGUUGUGAUGAAAAUGCCCUGUGUUUCAACACUGUGGGAGGACACAACUGCAUCUGCAAGCCUGGAUUCACAGGAAACGGCACCACCUGCAAAGCAUUUUGCAAAGAUGGCUGUAGGAACGGAGGAGCCUGCAUCGCUUCAAACGUGUGUGCCUGCCCACAAGGCUUCACAGGACCCAGUUGUGAGACGGACAUUGAUGAAUGCUCGGAUGGCUUUGUUCAGUGUGACAGCCGUGCUAAUUGCAUUAACUUGCCCGGCUGGUAUCACUGUGAGUGCAGGGAUGGUUACCACGACAAUGGGAUGUUUUCGCCGGGCGGAGAAUCAUGUGAAGACAUCGAUGAAUGCAGGACGGGAAGGCACAGCUGUGCCAAUGACACCAUUUGCUUUAACUUGGAUGGUGGCUAUGACUGCCGCUGCCCUCAUGGGAAGAACUGCACUGGGGACUGCGUCCACGAUGGUAAAAUCAAACAUAACGGCCAGAUAUGGGUGUUGGACAAUGACAGGUGUUCCGUGUGCUCUUGUCAGAAUGGAUUCGUGAUGUGUCGGCGAAUGGUCUGUGACUGCGAGAAUCCCACGGUCGACCUGUUCUGCUGUCCGGAGUGUGACCCGAGAAUGAGUAGCCAGUGUCUCCAUCAGAACGGGGAGCUUGUGUACAACAGCGGAGACACCUGGGUGCAGAACUGCCAACAGUGCCGGUGCUUGCAGGGAGAAGUCGAUUGCUGGCCCCUGUCUUGCCCAGACAUGGAGUGUGAAUUCAGUGUCCUCGCUGAGAGCGAGUGCUGCCCUCGCUGUGUCACUGACCCGUGUCAGGCUGAUACCAUCCGCAAUGACAUCACCAAGACUUGCCUGGAUGAAACUAAUGUCGUUCGAUUCACCGGGUCUUCUUGGAUUAAGCAUGGCACUGAGUGUACCCUCUGUCAAUGCAAGAAUGGUCACAUCUGUUGCUCAGUGGAUCCGCAGUGCCUUCAGGAACUGUGAAGUUAACAGCUAUGUCUCCAGGGAGGUUUCGGGUUAAAGAAAGUUCCUUCACAAAGACCAAAAAUUGUAUAAAGUCCAAACUGAAACUGGAUCAGUUUUUCUAUGGCUAAAGCGCCACAGUGUCAUGAGCAAAGAGUGCUUUCAAUUGUCCUAGUAGAAAUGGAAUUUGUGAGCUUGAGGAAGUUCAGAAAGGAAAACCUUGGGUAAAGCCAGAUUUCCCUUCUGGCCUUUUCAUUUCUGACAUCAGUGAGCAUGAGAUCCGAUGUAUAACGUGCGCAACGCUGUCAUGACUCAGAAACAGCUAGAAGUAGAUACUGACCUUAAUGGAUCUUUGAACACCAAAAUUUCCCUAGGUGUGGAACAGUUUAUCUAAAAUUAAAGCCUUCACUGAUCUAUUUGGUGGAAGAAAAGAAUGGAACAAGCUACGUCAGUGACAAUGGAGGAAGUCUUUGGAAGUAAUCAGUAAGAGCUACAGUGUGUUAUAUGUACAGUACAUGCUCUGAAAAAGAAUCUGAUACAAGUUAUUGUAAAAAAAGUAAUGCACAGGCAUGGCUACUUAAUGUUUUCUGAUGGGGAAAAUCAUCUCUAUUUCUUUGUUUUACUGCACUUAUUAUGACUUAGUUGAAUUUGUUCAGUAUAAGCUCGUUCUUGUGCAAAAUUUAAAUAAAUAUUUCUCUUUACCUUA